CGGGCGUCGGUGGGGCGGGGCCGGGGGGCGGUGGCUGUUCCCGUGGCUGCCCCUCAGUCCGGGCGAAGCAGGCGCCGGAGGCAGGCGGGCAAGCGCUGCGUGCCGGCCGGCCUGCUCUCCUCCUUGUCAGGGAGGGCGCCGCCACCACCAUGUCGUCGACUCCGGCCAGCGCCGCCACCUGGUACGUGCUCUCCACGCUGGGCGGCUACCUGCUCACCUCGGCGCUGCUGCUGAAGUUCCCCGGCUUGCUCCAUCGCCCCAAGCGCCAGCGCUUCCGAUGCCGGCACAUCUCGCACCGCGGCGGUGCUGGCGAGAACUUGGAAAACACCAUGGCAGCUUUUCGCCAUGCCGUCAAUGUGGGAACUGACAUGCUGGAGCUGGACUGCCACUUGACUAAGGAUGAGCAGGUCGUUGUGUCGCACGACGAGAACCUGAAGCGAGCCACAGGGGUGGAGGCCAACAUCUCUGACCUCAAGUACUCCGAGCUCCCACCAUACCUGUGCAGACUGGAUGUCACUUUUCAAAAAGAGUGCUACUGCGAGGGCGAGGACAAGCACAUCCCCUUGCUGAAGGAGGUCUUUGAGGCCUUCCCCCACACCCCCAUCAACAUCGACAUCAAAGUGAACAACGACGUGCUGAUCAGGAAGGUUUCGGAGCUGGUGAGCCAUUACAAGCGGGAACAUUUGACCGUGUGGGGCAACGCCAGCCACGAGAUCGUGGGCAAGUGUCACAAAGCGAACGCCCACAUCCCGCUCCUGUUCUGCCUCCGGCGCGUCCUGCUGCUGCUCGGCUUGUUCUACACGGGCCUCCUGCCUUUCUUCCCCAUCCCGGAGGAGUUCCUGGAGAUCCCGAUGCCCUCCAUCAUCCUCAAGCUGAAAGAGCCGGAGAAGAUCUCCAGGAGCCAGCGGUUCACCAUCUGGCUUACCGACACGCUGCUCAUGAGGAAGGCCUUGUUUGACCACCUCACGGCUCGAGGCAUCCAGGUGUAUAUCUGGGUCCUGAAUGAAGAGCAGGAAUACAAGCGCGCGUUUGACUUGGGAGCCACCGGGGUGAUGACGGACUACCCCACCAAGCUGAAGAGUUUCUUGAACAGCUACGGGGCGUGAAGUGCAGCCAGGCUGGUUCUUCCACAGGACGCCGGGGGGACAGAAGCCCGCCCGGGGGGGUCCCCGCCCUUGUGCCUGCAGGUCUCGGCAACCCACUCGCCCAACGCCGACAAGCAUAAACAGCUGGGUCUUAUUACCUCAUUCUCCAAUCAUUACACCUCUAGAGAUUGUAUGCAGCUAUAUUUAUUUUUAAUUUUUAUUUUUUGAAAAUUAAUCGCAUAGUUUACAUUAUUUUUCUUGGUUGUAAAUAGCUUGGUUACUGGUCACUCCCCUGCCCCGAUGUGUCUAGAGAGAGGUCUAACUGGUAGAGGUGAUGAUAGGCCGGACUUCGCGAGUCGGUCGCUGCUAGAGCGCGUAGACUUCUCGUGGGAGACAUUCCUGCGGCCGGUGGGUGGGUCAUACAUGUACGAAAGUGGCUUGGUUGUUCCCGGCAGUCCAGAUGGGGGUGGGAAAGACCAACCCAAAUGUGGGGUGGGCCCCUCUCAGCAGCUCCCUGUGACUGGAGUUCUAUUUUUGGAGCAAGCUGUGGACUAUGCCCGCUUGCUGUUUCCUGCCCCACAUCACAGGGAACUAGUGGCAGCCCACUGUUAAGGCAGAGGCUGUUCUUUCCACAGACCCUCCUAGCCUCUGGGAGCUGAUCUUGAGCGUCAUCGGUGAUGUGAGUCCUCUGGCUGGCUGUGCUUGGCCCACAGGCAGCAGCCCUCGCCCCAGUGCACAGUUUCCAUCCGUGUCGUGCUAUUCAGGCCAGCCUGUCGGGGCGGUGGCGGCAACAUCUUGAGCAGGGUUUCUUCACCUUGGGCCCCCAGAUGUUGUUGGGCUACAACUCCCAGAAUCCCCCUUUGUGGCUGGGAGUUGUAGUCCAACGACAUCUGGGAGCCCAAGGUGAAGAAACCCUGAUCUUGAGUGUCGCUGGAGCUUUUGGAGGGCUGGCUUUGCUGCCGUGGCCGGAGCCUUGUCACGGGGAGGCUGGGCGUGUCUGUGUGCAGCAGCUGGCACGUCGAAGAGCUCCCGCCCCUUCCAGGGGGAGAAGGGGCUCUCUGGUGGUGGCUUCCAGAACCGGCCAGCGCUUCCUUGCCAGGAGGCAGCAUGCAUCCCCACCACCGAGCUUCUGGCCCACCUUCCCGGAAAGGUUCCUGGGAAGACCUCUCUGUGCAGCCUCCAGUUGGUUCGUUCUAAGAGCUUUUUUUUUUUUUUUAACGGUGGAGAGAAAGAGGGAGAGUUGAGAUACGGACGGAGGAAGGAGGGCCAGUGUUGGGCAGCAAGGAGCGCUUUGGCCUGGGGCCUGGCUCCACAUCCCCGCUCGGCUGAAAAGCUCACUGGAGGAGCUCGGAGCCUCCCGGGCUCUUGGCCUCACCUGCCUCGUGCUUGAGAACAUGAGGCUUUUUCAGCGCUCGGACCGCACAGAAUGCUCCUCGAGGGUGGAGGAAGCAGGGUUUCCACCAGAUGGCCCAGAAGCACCUGAGAGAGGCUUUGCCACCAGGGCUGGGUGUUGGGGCAGCACGAGGGGGUGGUGCCCCCAGGCCAAGUCCAGCAUGGAGGGGCAGGGGGCGCCUCCCUCUCCCCUGGGCUACAGUGGCCUGAAAUGGGCUGCACAGACAGGGACCCCCGUGCCCUGCGAGAUACUCGGUUCUGGCUUCACAAAGCUGGCUUGGUUCAGUUUUGUGGUAUUGCCACUGUAUUUGUGGGGGAGAGCUUUGGGUCUGGUGGCCCUGCCCCGACAGUUGAUUGCGGGGAGGGGGCGUGUUUCCAUGUGCUGCAUAACCUUUCCCCCCUCCCUGGGCUUAGCAGAAGCCACAUCAAGGUACCUCCAAGGAGAGUGUGCAGAUGUGUCGGCCUCUUUUUCUUGACUCUGGACCUGGAGAGGGCGGCGUAAACGGCUGCUGCGUCCACCGGACAGACCCUUCGGCUCCUCUCAGUCAUCCCUGGUCCCCAGAGAACCCUGCAAAAUGUCUGCGGCAUCUGCAGAGGACCAUUUCCAGAGUUCUGUGGGCGAUGUCAUGGCAGUUCAACUUCACGUUGGUGACACAUGCUUCGCCUCGGUGUUCCCUGCACCUCAGCCUGUUCAGGAAGCCAGUGCUCAUUCUGGGAUACACCGAGAUCAAGCAGCAGAAACGCUGUUGUGUCGCUUGGGUGGCAGCAGAAUAAAUUCCUAAGGCAGAGGCUUUUGUGUCCCGUCCAGUGUAUGAUUGGGUGCAUUUCGCUAUAUUACUGGAGUGGAACAAGUUUCCUGGGAGCACUGCGGUACACCACUGUGAAAAAUGUGCAUCAUUCUCCCCAAAUAGAAGUGUUACCUAGAGCAAGAGAGAGAAGAAUCACGGAAACAGUUAAGUCUGGUGUUCAAACUGAUGGAGAUAUCCCCCGCACGCCCCACCCUUUCCCCUGACAUUUGGCUGCUUGUUUCAGAAGUGGACCUUAGCCCAUGGGUUAAGAUGAUCUCGUACCUGACAUUAAUAGUUCCAAAGCGUGUCCUUUUUGUAGGAAAGAAUUGUGAGAGAACGUCCAGAUAUUCAGUAUCCUGGAUCGUGUGUCACUUUUUUUUAGUUGUACUUGAUUUUUUGGUAAUCAAGUGUCAUUAAUGUAAUGAAGGAUGCUGAAAAAUACUCCCUGCACUUUCUAACUUGGACAAAUGGUUUGGCAUCAACUGUGGUUUUUAGAGAGGUGAGAAUAUGACUCUUGGCAUUAAAAAAAUGCUCCAAAACAGCAAA